CAUUGGCACGUGCCAAAGAUUCUGAUCGCACGUGUGGCAUCAGUCUUCUUACCCUUUUUUCAUCCUCUUCUUUCAGAUUCGAUGAUUUCCACUCCUUUGCUUUUAAGCCUCUCUCUCUCUCUCUCUUUCUCGUUUCCUUUUCUCCUAUUUAUACCUCUUUCAAUCUCUCUCGCCGGCGCUGCAAAUCCCUAGAUUUUCACAAAGGCAAACCAAAAUAAAAACACCAAACCAAUUGAAGAAGAGUUAGCCAAGUUCUGAAUUUCGAUUGAGCGGGAGGGAGAAAGAGAAUCUAGCGAUUUGAUUUAUCAUUUGAUUUCUGUAAUCAGAUUCAAUAAUUGAGUGAAGUUGUUCCUCGCUUGUUUGUUAUUUCGUUUAAUGUUAUGAAGCAAGGAUGAGUAGCUGCUAUGGUCAUACGUUCGUGAAGGUUGAGAAUUAACUUGCGUUGAGAGCAACUUCGAAUCAGCUGCCAGAUUUUGUUUUUAACUUAUAUUCAAAAUGGAUCGGUGCGAUACCUCAGGAUUUGUAAGCGGAGGUGGAGAUGCUUAUAAGGUUUUCUAACUCUUAGAGCUGUGGCUUAUUCUCUUAACCCGGAAGUUGAGGUGUACUGUGUUGUUGGCUUCGCGUUUUUGCUUUUGGUGUUCUUGACAAGUUUUCGUUUUUAGUUGUGACCAUGCAUGCCAGAUUCCAUAACAGUGGUUUCGCUGGUAAUUCCUCGUCGAAUUCAUUUAAGAUCUUGGGCCGUCCUCUUCAAGUUGAAGUACCAGAGGUUGAGUUUGGCGCAGAUACUACUCUGCGUCUUGAUUCCCUUGCCUCUCCAUUGUCUAAUACCAAGGGUAUUAAAAGGAAAUGGAGUCUGAUUGAUGGAGCCAAGGGUCAAGAAGCUGAUCCUUUACUUUCCUUGAGACUCGGUCACUCGUCAAGCUCUUCUGAUAGCAAAGGGAGUUCGGCAACUGCUUGCACGAGUUUAUCUUCUGCCAAAGAGAUUGAGGAGGAGUCCUCAAUGGAUAUUGAGCUGGACUUUAGCCUCCAUCUUGGCAGCGAGAAACCCUUCAGCAACAAGAAACCAGCUAAUUCAAAAAUGAAAGAUUUGCAGGUCCUCUCCCCAAGAUUUGAUCUGGAGUUGAGUCUUUCUGGUGGAGUGUCCUGUCAAUCUGAGAUCACUGCGGUCCAGCAGCAGGCGAACCAAUUUCCAACGCUUGCGGAAAUGCUACGCGCAACUAAUGAAGGAUCCACUUCAUGUGGCUGGAGACCUGGGUUUGCAUCACCUACAUUGCAAGCUUCAUCAAGCAAAGAAAAAAGCUCUUUCUUAGCUCAUGCUCCAAAGAAUAUAAUCAUUCCUGCUUCUCAUGUUCUGGACCUCUCAUCUAGCACGGCGACAACAACACCAAUAAGCUCGGGUACAUGUACUUCCGGUUUAACUCAGCAGCUGAAGCCACAGCAUAAGAGUUCUUCUAGUUCCAAGUUAUGUCAAAUAGAAGGAUGUCAAAAGGGUGCAAGAGGCGCAUCUGGUCGUUGCAUUUCACAUGGUGGUGGACGCAGAUGCCAGAAACAUGGUUGCCACAAGGGCGCUGAAGGUCGAACCGUGUACUGUAAAGCACAUGGAGGUGGCCGUCGUUGUGAAUUUCUCGGAUGCACCAAAAGCGCUGAAGGCCGUACAGAUUUUUGUAUAGCUCAUGGAGGUGGUCGAAGAUGCAGCCAUGAAGAUUGUACACGAGCUGCUAGAGGAAGGUCAGGACUCUGUAUCAGGCAUGGAGGAGGAAAGAGAUGCCAAAGAGAAAACUGCACUAAAAGCGCUGAAGGGCUUUCCGGACUCUGCAUUUCUCAUGGAGGUGGUCGUCGAUGCCAAGCUAAUGGAUGCACAAAAGGAGCACAAGGGAGCACUAUGUUCUGCAAAGCACAUGGAGGUGGUAAACGGUGUACACACGCGGGUUGCACCAAAGGCGCAGAAGGAAGCACGCCGUUCUGUAAAGGACAUGGAGGAGGAAAAAGGUGUGCCUUUCAAGGAGGUGAUCCUUGCUCCAAGAGUGUUCAUGGAGGUACCAAUUUCUGUGUGGCACAUGGUGGAGGUAAGAGAUGUGCGGUUCCCGAGUGCACAAAGAGUGCUAGAGGAAGGACUGAUUUCUGUGUCAGACAUGGUGGAGGAAAGAGAUGCAAGUCAGAAGGAUGUGGGAAAAGCGCUCAAGGUAGUACUGACUUUUGCAAGGCGCAUGGAGGAGGGAAACGGUGUGCUUGGGGUCAUCCAGAGACUGAGUAUGCUGGACAAUCCUCUUCUGGUCCUUGUACCUCGUUUGCUCGAGGUAAGACUGGUCUUUGUGCACUCCAUAACAGUCUGGUUCAGGAUAACCGGGUUCACGGAGGAAUGACAGUUACUUCCGAGAGCCAAGAACCGAGACCAAGCAGCAGCGAGACAGAGAACGAGAGCCAAGAGUUUAGCGGUUCCCAAGACAUGAACAUCGACUCAAUGAAAGCGAGAAGUGCUGUUGGAUCUCCAGAGACUGAUAUUGAUCUCAAUGAGUAUGAAGCAGGACUAGGGUUGGCUCCGGAAGGAAGAGUUCAUGGUGGAAGUUUGAUUAUGGCGAUGUUGGCUAGAGACGGUGGCUCUGGCUCAAGCAACCUGCCUAAGAGGUGGAUGUAAGUUGUCUUCGGUUUGCUUCCAGUCUUUAUUCUGCACGUGUGGGGUAUGUUGGCACGUGAGAGUAAAAGAGUCUUGUGUUUGUCUAGUUUAGGUUUGUGCUUACAAAAAGGUUCAAAAGUCUGAGUCUUUCUUUGUCUUAUUUUCCUGUAGAUAUUGAAUUAAGGGUACAAGCAAGGUUAUUGUGAAUUGUCAAAACAGUCUCUUAUGAUGAUGAUGAUAAGGGUAAUAAAACUCAUGUCUUUGUUUGCAAAUUGCAAUUUCAAUUGCUUUCCUUC